GACAAUUGCUUGUAGGAUCUUUCGACAACGGAAGCAGACGAUCGAGGAGAAUGCGAGCGAACUCAGGAGAAGCAGCGUUUGCUAUAUUCUGACAUGUGCCGGGUAGUUCGGAGCACGGUGGGAUGCGUCGCAGUAAUCCUACUGCAAUUGCGCUUGUCAGCUGAGAAUCUCGUUCCCAACGGAUUAACCACCGAUGAUCGGAGGAUCCGGCGCAAUCGAGGAAGAUUUGGUCCUGCAAGGAGAUAUCUCAGACCUGGUGAUGGGAACGGCGCGAUGGUUGUCGCGGGUCCCUUUUCACCGGGAGGGGCUCUUCACCGCCUUGGGAUAUGACGCACUGCUCCGGUCCUCGGUUUUUCCUUUUUGGGUCUAAACUGGCUAUAGCGGCCAUCGGGUAUUUCUAUCAUGAGGA